AACAGGAAAAGUCUCGCUUCCUCCUGUCUGAAGAUUUCCUGUCUCACUGUGACUCAUGUCGUCUGUCUCUCGUGUGAAGGAGGACCCGAAUCACGCCGAUAUAAAAGCCUCGAUCCGGAUUGAAUCUCGUUCAGACUGAUGAGACUGUGAAUAGAUGUGUGAGUGAUGGAGAGAUUCUGUGGCUUUGGAUUACUUCUGCUCGGAUGUUUUCUGAUGUCCGGUGCAUCGCUUGUGCUUCAUUCAGCCAAUCCGCCAAGUGUGUGUAAAUCAUGUGAUCCUCGGCCAGGCAACUGCAUGUCCCAGCACUGUUCAUCAAACUGUGACGUGUCACAGACCUGCCCAAAUCCACAGGACGUCUGCGCUGCUGUCUGGUGGAGAGAAGAUGGAGUUGUCACUUUAGAAACCAUGUGUCAUGACCCGACACAGCCGCUGUACGGUGUGAUGCUGGAGGACGUCAGCACCUCUGACUGUUUGUUGACAUCCAAAUAUGUAAGAGGUCGUGACGUCCGUCUGUGUGCCUGUACAGAAGACGAAUGCAAUGAACGUGUGCUCCUCAGUAAACCGUCAAUCCCAGAUCAAACUAAAUCAUUUUUAGAAAAAAUCAAAAGGCCUAACAUAUUCCCAGAGCUUUGUAAGUUUUGUGACAUUCGGUCUACAACCUGCAACGGCACAGGAAUCUGUGAAUCCUCAUGCGAUAUCACGGCCAUCUGCACCAGUCCCGAUGAAGUGUGCGUCAGUGCAUGGAGGAGAAAUGAUGGGAAUACUGUUGUGGAGACUGUGUGUCAUGAUCCAGCACUGCCGUUCCAUGGACAAUAUCUGCAGAGUGUGGAUUAUGACAGCGACAGAUGUCUGAUGAAACAAGUGAAGAGUUUGGAGAACUUCUACAUCUGCUCCUGUAACUCUGAAGAGUGCAAUGAUAAACUCAUCUUUACUGACAAUAUUUUUCCUGUAGCUUCUUCACCAGAUGAAGAGAAGAAAGAAGUUCUGCCUGUGUUGUUGGUCACUCUGGUUCCUCUCUUGAUCACCGUUCUUGUUAUCGUCUCGUUCUUCUACUGGUAUCACGUUUGCCGGCAGCUCAAGGUGAUCGAUCACAAGAGGAAAGGAAUGGACAGCGAGACGUACGCCAUCAUCGGCCACGAGGACAACCGUUCUGACAGCAGCUCCACCAACGCCAACAAUCUGAACCACAACACGGAGUUGUUGCCCAUCCAUUUGGACAGUGUUGUCGGCAAGGGUCGUUUCUCUGAAGUCUACAGAGCCAAACUCAAGCAGGGGGUCACAGGCGUCGGUGAACCCUUCCAAACGGUCGCUGUAAAGAUCUUUCCCUAUGAAGAAUACAUAUCAUGGAAAACAGAAUGGGAGAUUUUCUCCGACGUGGAGCUUCGUCAUGAGAAUAUUUUGCACUUCUUGACCGCAGAGGAUCGAAAGGUGGAACGGCAGUAUUGGCUGAUAACGGCCUAUCACGAGCUCGGGAACCUGCAGGAGUUUCUGUCCCGUCACAUCGUGAGCUGGGAGGAGCUUUGCCGAUUGGCCGGGUCGAUGGUGCGGGGCGUGGCACAUCUACACAGCGAGCAAACGACGUGUGGGAGAGCAAAAGUACCAAUCGUGCAUCGAGACCUGAAGAGCUCCAACGUUCUGGUCAAGACGGACCUCACCUGCUGUCUGUGUGACUUUGGACUUAGUCUGCAACUGGAUAGCGCAAUGUCUCCUGAAGAACUCGCAAACAGUGGACAGGUUGGCACAGCAAGAUACAUGGCUCCCGAAGUGCUGGAGUCCCGAAUGGACCUGGAGAACACUGAAUCCUUCAAACAGGCUGAUGUUUACUCUAUGGCUCUUGUUCUGUGGGAGAUUACGUCCAGGUGCAAUGUGAUUGGAGAUGUAAGGGAAUAUAAACCUCCGUUUGGGACCCUCAGGGAUCAUCCAUGUAUAGACAGCAUGAAAGAUCAUGUGAUCAGAGAUCGACAGAGACCAGAGAUGCCAUCCACCUGGAACAGCCACACGGGUGUUCAGUUAUUGAGUUCUACUAUAGAGGAAUGUUGGGAUCAUGAUCCGGAGUCACGUCUCACAGCUCAGUGUGUCGUGGAGCGUUUGAAUGACAUCAGCAGUAUGAUUGAUGUCCUCCCCAUCAGCUCAGAGCAGAAGACCUCAGAAGAUUCUGGAAUCUAAAUCAAUACCGUUUCAUUAUGAUGUGGGUUUUCAUUGGAUGACAAACUGGAAACGCUUUACAGAAACAACCUAUACAUUCAAACUCAUAUUACAAUGGAAAUUAUUUUUAUUUAGCUAUGAAACUUAUACCAUAAUUAACAAAAAUCUGGUAUUAAGAGCUCUCUAUGUGAUCCAUUUAAACUGUGAGGAGGAGACUGAUGAAUCUGAUCUUUAUGUAAACAGUGUUUCAAACCAAAGAGUGUUUUUCAACUCCUGCAGCCAAUAGGAGAAGAGCAGUCAUACCCAAUGGAUUGUGGGAUAUGAUGGAUACAUAACAUUCAUUUUGUCCUCUGAGUCGACCUGAAAUUAAUGUGAUUGAAAAUUUUACAUCUGUGCCAGUGACUCUUAAUGAAUGAUUAUUAAGCCGGACAUUUUAAGAUAAAGGAUAAGAGGGAGAAAACAUAUAAAAUCAAGAUGAAUUUGUAGCAAAAGUAUGUUUGUGAUAAAACAGUGGAUCUCUAAUAACUUUGGUGCACUUUAUCCCAAAAGACAUUUGUGACCCUGUCUAUAAAAACCAAGCUAAAGAUGAGAUGAGGAGCGUCAACAUUUGAUUACAGAUUGAUUUCAAUCUUUGACAUGAUCUUACGCAAGUCAACAUUAACAUCAAGAUUUUUUUCAAUGAAUGUUCUUUACAUUAUGUAGGAUGAUCACCAAAAAAUGACUUUAGUUGGGUUUUCACAGACAGGGUCACAUUUAUAAAUGUGCUGCAUUUUCACACUCGUGAUGCUGUUUAUCCAACCAAUGUGAACAAAGUUGUCAUUUAACCUGAAUAAUUCUGUAUUACACAGAGAUGUGUUUAUAGUAUCUCAUUAUACACACCAGGCCAAAAACUUCCCAAACAGCAAAUACAUACAUUUCUAUGGCCAAAAAUAUAUUUUAAAUAUAUGCUAAAUGCUUUUUGCAGAAAGUAAUGCUCAAUUGAAUAUUUAUUUAAAUUUGGAAAUAUAUUUAGUUUUAACCUUCAUCAACAUAUAUUCAAAACGUAUUCCAAGCAAAUACUUUUUUCAUUUUACAUUCCAUAUGGCAAAAAUGUAUUAUUUGCCAAAAUAUAUUUGAAAUAUAUACAAGUUCAUUUUAUAAAGUAUAUUUUUGAAGUUGAAACUAGCUUCAAUUUUAACAUUUUUUAAACUGUUAUGUUUACCAGUUCCUAUCAUAAACAAUGUUUUUCUUCCAAUAUGAUGUGAAUAAAUUUCCUUGGAUUUAAAAUA